AUGUCCCAACAGCCAGACUGUGUGGUGACCAUCCCCGAGUCUACAGGGAUGAAGGGACAAACACACAGGAUGAGUCUGCGAAGUUCUGGACGUUUCUCAUUCCUCCCUUCGUUCCUGCGCCUGACCUUCUCUCCGGCCUCCCUCGAGAGAGUCUACCAGACGUAUUUUCUGCGGCAGAGGCAGGAGACGCUGCUGGCGCUGCUGGUUUCCGCCGUGCUGUUCAACUGCUACGUCAUCGUCAUGGCCGCAGUGCUUUAUUCCCCCGACAAGCUAGCCACGGUGUUAGCGGCUGCGAUCGGGCUAGCACUGGACAGCGCGUUUUAUGGCCUCUUGAGGUCAGGCAAACUGCCGGACAAGGUCAUUCGGAAGGUCGUGCCGUACAUCGCGUGGCUGCUGAUCACGAUUCACGUGCUGUGCUACCUGGGACUGAAUUUCGUGGGUGUUUACGAGCCCGGAGAUUCGGUAGGCUGGCAGACGUUCUUCACGUUUUCCUUCUUCCUGACGCUGCCCAUGCCACUGCCGCACGUUGUCCUGCUGGGGGCGCUGUCGUGCGUCACGCACACGGUGCUGCUCGGGAUCGUGGUGGCGCAGCGGCGGCAGGACAACCUGCAGAUGCUGAUCAGACAGCUUGUUGCGAAUAUGAUGCUGUAUUUGGGCGCCAUGGUGGUGGGUGUGAUGUCAUAUUUCAUGGCUGACCGUAAAUACCGGACGGCGUUCCUGGAGGCCAAACAGUCGCUGGAGGUCCGACUGACGCUGGAGGAGCAGAGCCAGGAACAGGAAGAGCUGUUGUUGUCCAUCUUGCCGAAGCACAUAGCUGAUGAGAUGCUGCAGGGAAUGAAGAAAGAAGCCAAUCAGAAAUCAGAAGCUCAGCAGUUCAACACCAUGUACAUGUACAGACAUGAGAACGUCAGUAUCCUGUUUGCUGAUAUUGUCGGCUUCACUCAGCUUUCGUCGGCCUGCAGCGCUCAGGAACUCGUCAAACUGCUCAACGAACUCUUCGCCCGCUUCGACAAGCUGGCAGCACAAUAUCACCAGCUGAGGAUAAAGAUUCUGGGGGAUUGUUAUUACUGCAUCUGUGGGCUACCUGAUUACCGGGAGGACCACGCGGCCUGCUCCAUCAUGAUGGGCCUGGCCAUGGUGAAGGCCAUCUCGUACGUCCGAGAGAAGACGAAGACGGGAGUGGACAUGCGCGUGGGCGUGCACACGGGGACCGUUCUGGGCGGAGUUCUGGGACAGAAGCGCUGGCAGUUCGACGUCUGGUCCACCGACGUCACCGUGGCCAACAAGAUGGAGUCCGGCGGCAUCCCGGGGCGGGUCCACAUCUCCCAGAGUACGAUGGAAUGUCUGCACGGCGAGUUUCAGCUGGAGCCGGGAAACGGAGGAGAGCGCUGCGAGUACCUGAUGGAGAAAGGCAUCGACACCUACCUGGUGCUCGUUCCCACGGAAACCAGCAUCGGGGAUGGAGUCCCAAACGGAGUGGGCGGGGCCCCGAAUGGAGCGGGCAGGGUCACGAAUGAAACCGUGGUCAGUAGGGGUUCUCCUCUCCUUGUUGCUACCACAGAGACUAACGGCAGUGUGUGUUCGGUCCGCAGCAUCACCGCAGAGACAGAGGAUGCCGAAGCCCAGAGGCUGCGACUGGCCGGACUGGCUGAUGGAGGGAUGGAGAAUGAGCAGGAGCUGAACAGACUGCUGACUAAAGCUCUGGUGGAGAGAGAGACGGAGGAAAUGCUGAAGGAGAAAAGAACGGCGGUUCUCUCUCUGCAGUUUCUGGAUUCUGAGUUAGAGUCGCGUUACUCGCUGGAGAAAGAGAGGCAGACUGGAGUGGCGUUCAGCUGCAGCUGCGUGGUUCUGUUCUUUACGUCUGCCAUGGAGACGCUCAUAGACCCACAGCUGACAGUGAAUUAUGUAACGCUGGUGGUCGGCGAGGUGCUGCUCCUGAUCCUCACCAUCUGCUCACUGGCGGUCAUCUUCCCACGGCUGUUCUCGAAGAAGCUGGUGUCGUUCUCUCUGUGGAUCGAUCGCACCCGCUGGGCUCGGAACACCUGGGCAAUGGCAGCCAUCUUUGUCCUGGCCAUGGCUGAGGUGGCGGACAUGCUGAGUUGUGUGCAGCCCCCCCUGCUGGUGCUGAACUCCACUGCAGGUUUGACUCUGGAGUCUCUGGGUGACGGCGGCUGCGCCGAAAACCCCAAACACUACAGUUACAUCGCCGUGCUCUCUCUGGUGGCCACCACCAUGCUGGUGCAGGUCAGCCACCUGGUCAAACUCGCCCUCAUGCUGCUGGUUACCGUGGCCACCACCGCCGUGGACCUCUACAGCUGGAGGGACAUUUAUGACAUUUAUGACCUCAUACGCUACCUGGAGUACCGGCAUUCUGUGGUUCCCACUAAAUAUCUGAUGACGGUGAUGAUCAUCGUGAUGAUGAUGAGUUUCUACCACUUCGCUCGGCACGUGGAGAGACAGUCCCGUAAGCUGUUUCUGUGGAAGAUUGAAGUUCAUGAUCAGAAGGAGCGAGUGUUCGAGAUGAGGACGAAUAACGAGGCUCUGGUCACCAACAUCCUGCCUGAGCACGUCGCCAAACACUUUCUCGGCUCCAAGAAAAGGGACGAGGAGCUGUACAGUCAGUCCUAUGAUGAAAUCGGCGUGAUGUUCGCUUCGAUCCCAAACUUCUCUGAUUUCUACACCGAGGAGAGCAUCAACAACGGCGGCCUGGAGUGUCUGAGGAUCCUCAACGAGAUCAUCUCCGACUUCGACACUCUGCUGGAUCGGAUGGAGUUUCGCUGCAUCACCAAAAUAAAAACGAUUGGCAGUACCUACAUGGCAGCAUCGGGGCUCACACCGGAGAGCAACACCAACGGAUACAGCAGAAAGGAGGAUCAGUGUCUUAUGGAACGAUGGCAGCAUCUGGCUGAUCUGGCUGAUUUUGCUCUGGCCAUGAAGGUCACCCUCAAUAACCUCAACAAGCAGUCCUUCAACAACUUCAUGCUCCGCAUUGGGUUGAAUAUGGGUGGAGUGUUAGCUGGUGUGAUUGGAGCUCGUAAGCCUCACUAUGAUAUCUGGGGGAACACAGUUAAUGUGGCCAGCCGCAUGGAGUCCACUGGAGUUAUGGGUAAUAUACAGGUGGUGGAGGACUGCUAUAAGAUCCUGAGGGAGUACGGGUUCCGCUUCGUGAGGAGAGGCCCCAUCUUCGUGAAAGGGAAGGGAGAACUGCUCACUUACUUCAUGAAGGGAAAAGACAAAUCCGUUCCUAACGGCCACACGGUCCUCCCCAGCCUCCCCAACCAGAUACUGGACAAGUCCUGAUGAUGUCGACGCUGUACAUAAACGGAGGAGACUGGAACGCACACGAGAACGUUUACACACAGAGAACUGCUGUAGAAGAGUAGAACUUUCUGGAAAUGUUUAGAGACUCUGUCUAAUGUUCACAACAGCUUUGCACUGGCACCUAAA